UUGGUUCCCAAUGUCAAACCUCAACUCUUAAAAUUAAUUUUGUUUUUCUUUUUGCCGUCACCACCAUUAAAAUCCUUCUUCUUCUUCUUCUUCUUCUUGUUCUUCCUCUUCUCCUCCUUAUUCGCUUCUUCUUUGUCUUUGCCCAACGCCCUUUCAUUUGUUCUCUCUUCCUUCAAACUCUGUUUUUACUUUUAAUGUACAAAUUAUGAAAUUAUUAUUACCACUAUCUGCAAACACUAAUUCAGAUUAGUUUCUUACAACACCAAGGCCAAUGUUUCAAAUGAUCAAACAUCACCCAUAUUUCCACCAUAUUAAAAGCUCGGUCUUUGGCUUUAUGUUUUUGUUACCCACUUCACUUUUUGCUCUUUCCCUUCUUCUUUUAGCUUGCAAUGGCUUCUCUGUUUUUUAUAUUUAUCUCCCUGGUUAUAUCAAUUCUUCACCGGAACCCAUCAAAUUGUUGCCUGAGAACCUUUCCGGCGACAAAACGGUGACAAAGUUGGUGUCUUCAGUGAUGUAUGCUGUGAAAGAAGAGAAUCCACCUGGUGUUUUAAAGACCCAUUUAUCUCUUGUUAAAAAACCAAACUUUUCAAUGGUUCCCAUUGGCAAGGCUUCAGUUUUUAAGCCAAAGCAGGCUCGUUUAAGCCGUCAGAUAUUGAGAACACUGGGCUCAGGGACAAAGCCAAAAGGGUUUUUUUCCUCUAAAGUUAAGACCUUUUUCCGGAAUUCAAAGUGUAAGUCUCGGUUCUUCAUGACUUGGAUUUCACCUAUCGAGUCUUUAAGUGAUAGAGAAUUGCUUGCUAUUGAGAGUGUGUUUAAAUCACACCCCAAAGCCUGUUUAGUCAUCGUCUCAAAUUCAUUGGAUUCUAAAAAGGGAAGUGUUGUUUUGAAGCCAUUUUCAGAUAAGGGGUUCAAGUUGAUUGCUGUUCACCCUGAUUUCGAUUAUAUUUUCAAGAACACUUACGCUGAAACAUGGUUUAAUCGAUUAAAGAACGGAAAUAUUAAUCCUGGUGAAGUUUCUUUGGGUCAAAACCUUUCGAAUUUGCUUAGACUUGCUUUGUUGUACAAGUAUGGUGGUGUUUAUUUAGAUACUGAUGUUCUAGUUUUAAAGAGUAUCAAUCGUUUAAGAAAUGUAAUCAGUGCUCAAUCUAUCAACCCCAAAACCAAGAACUGGAGCCGAUUGAACAAUGCCGUGCUGAUUUUUGAUCAAAACCAUCCAUUGUUGUUCAAAUUCAUUCAAGAAUUUGCACUCACUUUCGAUGGAAACCGAUGGGGUCACAAUGGACCUUACUUGGUUUCGAGAGUGGUUGAGAGGGUCACUGGCCGCCCGGGGCUUAACUUCACGGUGUUGCCACCGUCGGCGUUUUAUCCUGUCGAUUGGACCCGGAUUCGAAGCCUGUUUCAGGGGCCUCAAAACGAGACUCACUCGAAUUGGUUGAAGCUUAAGCUCGGGCAGAUUCAAAGGCAAAGCUAUGCAAUUCAUCUUUGGAAUAGACAAAGCAAGCAAGUUAAAGUUCAAGAAGGAAGCAUCAUUCAUCAUAUUAUAUCAGAUUGCUGCAUCUUCUGUAACUCUUUAAAAUCAAAGUUUUAAAAGUAUAUAGAAUAAGGAUCAUACGCCACAUUUUCUGUCUUCCAAGUGUCUAUCAAUUUAUAGUUAUAUGCAGA